AAUCACACCGCUAUCGAUCGCUUACUCACAUUCCGUUAUAUCCAUACCUCCCACCCUCUACGUCUCCGUAUUUAAACGCUCCCUAUCUCAUUUCCCGUUUAAUUUCUUACUCCAACAACUGCACUCCCUCUUUUUCUCUCCGAGAUAAUCUUCAUCACUUCCCGCAUACAUUCUGAAUUCGGAGCCGAGACAGGGGAAUCAGAGAGGGAGCUUCGCUCAAGCUUGCUCCAGGAUCGAGACAGUGAAUCGGAACCGGAGUUUCGCCUUCCGGCUCUCCGACGUACAUACGGUAACCGUAAUUCAGACAGGUGUUCUCAGGGAUAUUGAAACUCUAUUAAAAUCAGCGUAGGAGGUCUGCUGGACAAAUGCCGGGGAACAUGUAUAAUGGAAACUCAGUGGUCCCCCCCACACGGUUGGAGAGACUCUUGAGAGACAGAGAACUGCGGAAAAGCACUAGAGCUUCUCAGUCAAAUGAUUCUGUUGAUAGUAAUAGAGGAACAGUGCUCUCUGAACAUGAUUUGCGGCAAAGAGAAGCCGAUAUCUCAGGAAAUUACAAAGUGGAGCACUAUCUAGAAGAAGCUGCACUCGCACAUAAUGAAGGAUGGGAAGGGCAUAAUGGGAGGCCUAUUAGACAAAGGCUCUUGGUUGUGGCAAAUAGGCUGCCAGUCUCAGCAGUGAGGAGAGGUGAGGAGUCUUGGUCGCUGGAGAUAAGUGCCGGAGGUCUAGUUAGUGCUCUCCUUGGUGUAAAGGAGUUUGAGGCCAGAUGGAUUGGUUGGGCAGGUGUGAAUGUGCCUGAUGAGGCAGGGCAGAGGGCACUUACUAAAGCACUGGCUGAAAAGAGGUGCAUUCCUGUUUUCCUGGAUGAAGAGAUUGUUCAUCAGUAUUACAAUGGUUAUUGUAACAAUAUAUUGUGGCCACUUUUCCAUUAUCUUGGACUUCCACAAGAAGAUCGACUAGCAACUACCAGAAGUUUUCAGUCCCAGUUUGCUGCAUAUAAAAAAGCAAAUCAGAUGUUUGCUGAUGUAGUGAAUAAACACUAUGAAGAUGGCGAUGUUGUUUGGUGUCAUGACUACCAUCUUAUGUUCCUCCCAGAAUGUCUAAAGAACUACAACAGAAAAAUGAAAGUUGGUUGGUUUUUGCAUACACCAUUCCCAUCUUCAGAAAUCCAUAGGACAUUGCCAUCUAGAUCAGAGCUGCUACGUGCAGUUCUUGCUGCUGAUUUGGUUGGUUUUCACACCUAUGACUAUGCAAGACAUUUUGUUAGUGCUUGUACUCGCAUCCUUGGGUUUGAAGGUACUCCUGAAGGAGUUGAGGAUCAAGGGAGACUUACCCGUGUAGCUGCGUUUCCCAUUGGGAUAGAUUCUGACCGAUUCAUUCGAGCGCUUGAAACACAAGAUGUCCAGAAUAACAUCAAAGAGUUGCAAGACAGAUUUGCAGGGAGAAAGGUCAUGUUAGGGGUUGAUAGGCUUGAUAUGAUUAAAGGAAUUCCCCAAAAGAUACUAGCAUUUGAGAAGUUUCUUGAGGAAAAUCAACAUUGGCGUGAUAAAGUGGUUUUGCUUCAAAUUGCAGUGCCAACAAGAACAGAUGUUCCUGAAUAUCAAAAACUAACCAGUCAGGUCCAUGAGAUUGUUGGGCGCAUCAAUGGCAGAUUUGGGUCUUUGUCAGCUGUUCCUAUUCAUCAUCUGGAUCGUUCUCUUGACUUUUAUGCUUUAUGCGCACUUUAUGCAGUUACUGAUGUAGCACUUGUCACAUCUUUACGUGAUGGAAUGAAUCUCGUCAGCUAUGAGUUUGUGGCAUGUCAAGAGUCAAAAAAAGGGGUUCUUAUUCUUAGCGAAUUUGCAGGUGCUGCACAGUCAUUGGGUGCUGGAGCAAUCCUUGUCAAUCCCUGGAACAUCACAGAAGUUGCUGCUUCCAUAAAACAAGCUUUAAAUAUGUCUGCUGAAGAAAGAGAAAAACGUCACCUGCAUAACUUUACACAUGUGACAACCCAUACUGCCCAAGAAUGGGCUGAAACUUUUGUGAGUGAAUUAAAUGACACUGUUAUUGAAGCUCAGCAGAGGGUAAGAAAAGCUCCACCACGACUUAACAUCACUGAUGCGAUUGAGCGCUAUUUGCAGUCCAAUAACCGAUUACUCAUAUUGGGUUUCAAUGCCGUGCUAACAGAAAUGGUGGAUACCGCUGGAAGAAGAGGUGGCGAUCAAAUUAAAGAAAUGGAACUUAAACUGCAUCCAAAUUUGAAUGGACCUCUAUCAGCAUUGUGUAUGGAUCCAAAGACGACAAUUGUUGUUCUCAGUGGAAGUGACAGAAAUGUCUUAGAUGAUAACUUUGGUGAAUACAACAUGUGGUUGGCAGCAGAGCAUGGGAUGUUUCUGCGAUCUACAAAGGGAGAAUGGAUGACUACAAUGCCAGAGCUUCUAAACAUGGAUUGGGUUGACAGUGUAAAGCAUGUGUUUGAGUAUUUCACUGAAAGGACCCCUAGAUCUCAUUUUGAACUUCGUGAAACUUCACUUGUUUGGAAUUACAAGUAUGCAGAUGUUGAAUUUGGAAGGUUGCAAGCUAGAGAUAUGUUGCAGCACCUAUGGACAGGCCCAAUUUCUAAUGCAUCUGUUGAUGUUGUGCAAGGGCAACGGUCUGUUGAGGUUCGAGCAGUAGGUGUUACAAAGCCCGUGUCACAGGGAGCAGCAAUUGAUCGAAUAUUGGGAGAAAUAGUUCAUAAUAAAGCCAUUACCACACCAAUUGAUUAUGUUCUGUGCAUAGGGCAUUUUCUAGGAAAGGAUGAGGAUGUGUAUACAUUUUUUGAGCCAGAUCUUCCUUGUGAUGGAAUGAGUAUUCCAAGGUCGAAAACAACCGAUGCAUUGAAGGUACCAGGAGACAGGAGGCCAACGCCAAAGCUUUCAUCGAGCAAAAGCAACUCAAAAUCGUCACAGAGCAGGACUAAACCAAUACCAAACUUGGAAAAGAAAACACCAAACCAUGCAUCGAGCAAAAACAACUCAAAACCAACACCCGAAAAUGCUUCAUGGAAUGUGUUGGAUCUCAAGAAGGAGAAUUACUUCUCUUGCUCAGUUGGCAGGAAUCGUACAAACGCUCGGUAUGUUAUGAGUGGCUCGGGUGAUGUGGUUGCAUUUCUAAGACAACUGGCUGAAUCAUCUACAUCAACCGCAUCAUACUCACAUUAGGAUGAACUAGCUGAAGCAUCUAUUAUAUCCAUGCUCCUCGCCCUCAACCAUCAACCCAUCCAGGAUGAAGCUGCUUGUACAUUCACUGAUGACCCAAACAAUGUUAGAAUCGAGACCCAGAGAGACAACUUUUGUAACUAUAUAUGCUGUGUGCGCUUGUAUGUUUGAGCGGUUGGUUGCAUAUAGGCCUUCCCGACCAAAUUGGAGCAAUCUCUGACCCAAUACUAGUGCUGAUUUUUAGUCAAUGAUAAGAGAGAGAAUGUAGUCCUAAUUCCUAAAGCUACUACCUAUUUGUGUUUUGAAUUCUAGUUACUGAUAAAUCUUUUUUAGACCUUUUGGUGUACAGUUAAUUGAGUAGAAGAAAUGUUUCUA